GGUUCGAAAGGCGGCGGUGGGCCCAGCCGGUCGGCGCUGCCCUGGGCUUCCUGGGAGCCUUCUCUCUGUUCCCUAGGGACGAUGAGGAGAGUGACGAGGACGCCAUUAUCCUGCUGCUGAAGAAAGCCAAGCUCAGCGUCAUGAAGGGCGAACUGGAAAAGGCUGAUCACCUUCUGCAUCAGGCCCUGCGGCUGUCGCACCAGUCGGAGAACACGAAAGCCAUCAUCUACACCUACAGCAUGAUGGCAAAUGUGGCCUUCAUGCAGGGACAGCUAGAAAAUGCAGAAAAGCUCUACAAAGCAACUAUGAGCUAUUUGCUUGCAGGAGACACAAAGGAGGAUGACAAUGCGAUCCUUGAGAUGUCCCUCAAGCUGGCCAGUAUCUAUGCUGCUCAGAAACAGGACAAACUAGCUGUGGCUGGCUACCAGUUCUGCAUUCUGACCUUAGAGGAGAAGGUUGCCAAGCAAAAGGACUUGCCUGAGGAUGUCUUACCAGCUGAAGAAAAGGCCAACACCAAACUCUUGCUUGGGAUGAGCCUAGACUCCUAUGCUCGCUACCUGCAAAACAUCAACCGGCUCCCUAUGGCCCAAAAAAUGUAUGAGAAGGCUCUGCAGAUAUCAAAUGAUGUUCAGGGAGAGACUCAUCCACAGACUGUGGUCCUGAUGAGUGACUUGGCAACUGUGCUGGAUGCUCAGGGGCACUAUGACGAGGCUUACUCCUAUGUGAAGAGAGCAGCUGAGCUGGCAAAGGAGACUCAGCACCCUGAGGAGCACAUGGUGCUGAACAACCUGGCAGCAAUUCUGAUGCACAAAGAAGACUUCCUACAAGCAAAACAAGUGUACAAAGAAGCUCUAAAGCAGGCACAACAGAAAGGAGAUGAUGCUUCUGUCCAGCAUAUCCAGCAAGAACUGGCUGAGCUGGCCAAGAGGAGAAAAGCCUCCAAGUAAGUCUGGGCAGAGUCUAGCCUUCAGGUGGCUGACAAGCACAGGCUGGUCAUUGCUAGAGCCUGGGACCAGCAAUGAGGAUUUGAAGGACUGCUUAACAAGCAGGGCUGAUAUUGCCUAGCAAUUUAGCCCAAAAUAAAG